AUGGCAGGAGCCUCAGUAAAGGUGGCAGUGCGAGUACGCCCCUUUAACUCCCGAGAAAUGAGCCGGGACUCGAAAUGUAUCAUCCAGAUGACAGGAAGCACCACAACUAUUGUCAAUCCAAAACAGCCCAAGGAGACACCCAAAAGCUUCAGCUUUGACUAUUCCUACUGGUCCCAUACCACGCCUGAAGACAUCAACUAUGCAUCACAGAAACAAGUCUACCACGACAUCGGAGAAGAGAUGCUACAACAUGCCUUUGAAGGCUACAAUGUCUGCAUCUUUGCCUAUGGGCAGACUGGUGCUGGGAAAUCAUAUACCAUGAUGGGGAAGCAGGAGAAAGAUCAGCAGGGCAUUAUCCCACAGCUCUGCGAGGACCUCUUUUCCCGAAUCAAUGACACAACAAAUGAUAACAUGUCCUACUCAGUAGAGGUCAGCUACAUGGAGAUUUACUGUGAGCGAGUCCGGGAUCUCCUGAACCCCAAAAACAAGGGCAACCUUCGAGUGAGGGAGCACCCCCUCAUGGGCCCAUAUGUGGAAGACCUCUCCAAGCUGGCUGUCACCUCCUACAAUGACAUUCAAGAUCUGAUGGACUCUGGAAACAAAGCCAGGACGGUGGCUGCCACCAACAUGAAUGAGACCAGCAGCCGCUCCCACGCUGUCUUUAACAUCAUCUUCACACAGAAACGCCACGAUGCUGAGACUAACAUCACCACAGAAAAAGUGAGCAAGAUCAGCCUCGUAGACCUGGCAGGGAGUGAGCGAGCUGACUCCACAGGAGCGAAGGGCACACGCCUCAAGGAAGGAGCAAACAUCAACAAGUCCUUGACCACACUGGGAAAAGUCAUCUCUGCCCUAGCUGAAAUGGAUUCUGGACCAAACAAGAAUAAAAAGAAGAAAAAGACUGAUUUCAUUCCAUACAGAGACUCAGUGCUGACCUGGCUCCUCCGGGAAAACUUGGGAGGUAAUUCCAGGACUGCUAUGGUGGCAGCUCUGAGCCCUGCAGACAUCAACUAUGAUGAGACCCUCAGCACUCUGAGAUAUGCUGACCGGGCCAAACAGAUCCGAUGCAAUGCCGUCAUAAAUGAGGACCCCAACAACAAGCUAAUCCGGGAGCUGAAGGACGAGGUGGCUCGCCUGAGAGACCUCCUGUAUGCCCAGGGGCUUGGGGACAUCAUUGACACCAACACUGUGCCAGGAGGACCUAAAUUGACCAACGCCUUGGUGGGUAUGAGCCCCUCAUCUUCCCUGUCAGCCUUAUCCAGCCGAGCGGCCUCCGUGUCCAGCCUCCAUGAGCGGAUGCUGUUUGCUCCAGGCAGCGAAGAAGCCAUUGAGAGGUUGAAGGAGACUGAAAAGAUCAUUGCUGAACUGAAUGAGACCUGGGAGGAGAAGCUGCGCAGGACAGAAGCCAUCCGGAUGGAGAGGGAGGCUUUGCUGGCUGAAAUGGGUGUGGCCAUGAGGGAAGAUGGCGGCACCCUGGGUGUGUUCUCUCCCAAAAAGACACCUCAUCUUGUCAACCUGAAUGAAGACCCUCUGAUGUCUGAGUGCCUUUUGUACUACAUUAAAGAUGGAAUAACCAGAGUUGGCCGGGAGGAUGGAGAGAGGAGACAAGACAUUGUCCUGAGCGGGCACUUCAUAAAGGAAGAACACUGCGUUUUCCGGAGUGACAGCAGGGCUGGCAAUGAAGCAGUGGUGACCCUGGAACCAUGUGAGGGGGCAGACACCUAUGUCAAUGGCAAAAAAGUGACAGAACCAAGCAUUCUACGAUCUGGAAAUCGCAUUAUCAUGGGGAAGAGUCACGUAUUCCGAUUCAACCAUCCUGAGCAGGCUCGGCAAGAGCGCGAACGGACCCCGUGUGCAGAGACACCUGCAGAGCCGGUGGACUGGGCCUUUGCCCAACGUGAGCUACUCGAAAAACAAGGCAUUGAUAUGAAACAGGAGAUGGAACAGAGACUCCAGGAGCUUGAGGACCAAUAUCGGAAGGAGAGAGAAGAAGCCAAUUACCUCCUCGAGCAGCAGAGACUGGACUAUGAGAGUAAGCUUGAGGCUUUGCAAAAGCAGAUGGAUUCCAGGUAUUACCCAGAGGUCAAUGAAGAGGAGGAAGAGCCUGAAGAUGAAGUCCAGUGGACAGAGAGGGAAUUUGAACUGGCACUUUGGGCCUUUAGGAAGUGGAAGUGGUACCAGUUUACAUCACUGAGAGACCUCUUGUGGGGCAAUGCCAUUUUCCUCAAAGAAGCCAACGCCAUUAGUGUGGAGCUAAAGAAAAAGGUCCAAUUCCAAUUUGUUCUCCUCACGGACACUCUCUACUCUCCCCUACCUCCGGAUUUGCUUCCCCCUGAUGCUGCCAAAGAAAGAGAAAAACGGCCCUUCCCACGGACCAUCGUGGCUAUUGAGGUCCAGGACCAGAAGAAUGGUGCUACCCAUUAUUGGACACUGGAGAAACUCAGGCAGAGACUUGAUCUGAUGCGUGAGAUGUAUGACCGGGCUGCCGAGGUGCCCUCCAGUGUCAUUGAGGACUGUGACAAUGUGGUCACUGGUGGGGACCCUUUCUACGACCGAUUCCCUUGGUUCCGACUGGUUGGCAGCUCAGAUGUCUCUGGCUGCAACAGCUCUCCUCUUUUCAACACAUGCAUGAGCGAGCGCAUGGCUGAUCUCACCCCCUCCCCCACCUUCUCGAACCCCGACUCCGACAUCACCGAGCCUGCUGACGAGCAGCAUGUGGGGAAGGAGGAGGAGGAGGAGGAGGAGGAGGAGGAUGAGGAGGAGGAGGAGGAGGAGGAGGAGGAGGAGGAGGAGGAGGAUGAGGACUUCGAGGAAGACAUCUUUCCAGAGUACUCGCUGUGUGAUGGUGGCCGAGAUCCAUUUUACGACCGCUCCCCCCUGUUCAGUUUAGUAGGAAGGGCCUUCGUGUACCUCAGCAACCUGCUCUACCCUGUGCCCCUGGUCCACCGUGUGGCUAUCGUCAGCGAGAAGGGCGAAGUGAAGGGCUUUCUGCGUGUGGCUGUGCAGGCCAUCUCAGCGGACGAAGAAGCCCCAGACUAUGGCUCCGGUGUCCGGCAGUCAGGAACAGCCAAGAUCUCCUUUGAUGAUCAGCAUUUCGAAAAGUUCCAGUCUGAGUCCUGUCCGGUGGUGGGGAUGUCUCGUUCUGGCACCUCACAGGAAGAGUUGCGCAUUGUCGAGGGACAGGGGCAGGUCGCUGAAAUCGGACCCUCUGCCGAUGAAGUUAACAAUAACACCUGUGCAGUGACUCCAGAAGACCUGCUACUGGACAGCCCUGAGAAGAGUGUCAUGGAUGGCCCCUUGGAAUCUGCCCUGGACCAUUUGAAGCUGGGCAGCAUCUUCACCUUCCGGGUGACAGUGCUCCAGGCAUCCAGCAUCUCUGCAGAGUAUGCCGACAUCUUCUGCCAGUUCAACUUCAUCCACCGUCAUGACGAGGCCUUUUCCACAGAGCCAUUGAAGAAUACAGGACGAGGGCCGCCUCUGGGGUUCUACCACGUCCAGAAUAUUGCAGUUGAGGUGACCAAGUCCUUUGUCGAAUACAUCAAGAGUCAGCCGAUUGUAUUUGAGGUCUUCGGCCACUACCAACAGCAUCCUUUCCCACCUCUGUGCAAGGAUGUUCUCAGCCCUCUACGACCAUCAAGACGCCAUUUCCCUCGGGUCAUGCCGCUCUCUAAACCAGUGCCUGCUACCAAGCUAAGCACCCUCACCCGGCCCACUGCUGGACCCUGCCACUGCAAAUAUGACCUGCUGGUAUACUUCGAAAUCUGUGAGCUGGAAGCCAAUGGCGACUACAUUCCAGCUGUUGUGGACCACCGAGGAGGGAUGCCGUGCCUCGGAACUUUCUUGCUCCAUCAGGGGAUCCAGAGAAGGAUCACUGUGACCCUGGUGCAUGAGACUGGCAGCCACAUCCGCUGGAAAGAAGUGCGGGAAUUAGUUGUGGGUCGAAUCCGGAACACUCCAGAAACAGAUGAGUCUCUCAUUGAUCCCAACAUUCUCUCGCUCAACAUCCUUUCGUCAGGCUAUGUCCAGCCUUCUCAGGACGAUCGGACCUUCUACCAGUUUGAAGCAGCUUGGGACAGCUCAAUGCACAACUCCCUUCUGCUGAAUCGGGUCACCCCUUACCGCGAGAAGAUCUACAUGACACUAUCUGCUUAUAUCGAGAUGGAGAACUGUACCCAGCCUGCUGUGAUCACCAAAGACUUCUGCAUGGUGUUCUACUCCCGGGACGCUAAACUCCCAGCAUCUCGUUCUAUCCGCAACCUAUUUGGCAGUGGGAGCCUGCGGGCCUCUGAGAGCAACCGGGUGACAGGAGUGUAUGAACUUAGCUUGUGCCGCGUGGCUGAUGCUGGAAGUCCAGGAAUGCAGAGAAGACGUCGGCGUGUCCUGGACACUUCUGUUGCCUAUGUCCGAGGGGAGGAGAACCUGGCUGGCUGGAGGCCCCGCAGUGACAGCCUCAUCCUGGACCAUCAGUGGGAGCUUGAGAAGCUAAGUCUACUUCAAGAGGUUGAAAAGACAAGACAUUAUCUCCUCCUACGUGAAAAGCUGGAGACAACUCAGAGAUCGGCCCUGGAGACCUUGUCCCCCUGCUCCAGCGAGGAUUCUGAGUCCCACAGCACUUCCUGUGUCUCCUCUCCCCUCUCAGACGGCACCUCAGAGAGUCGCACCACGACCCUCGACAUUCCCAGUGAACGACAGAAGGAGCUGGCGGCCAAGUGCCUCCGCCUCCUCACACACACCUUCAACAGAGAGUAUACCCACAGCCACGUGUGCGUCAGCGCCAGUGAAAGCAAGCUGUCAGAGAUGUCGGUGACUUUGCUGCGGGAUCCUUCCAUGUCCCCCCUUAGUGCAGCUACUCUGACUCCAUCCUCUACCUGCCCAUCCCUGGUUGAAGGCCGGUACACCGCUGCAGACCUGAGGAACCCCCCGCCCUGCUCCCGACCAGCCAGCCCUGAACUGGAACCAGUGUUGGAGGGAGACCAGAAGAAAUCUCCCUCUCCUGCCAGCGGACCGGAAGCAGAAAAGGAGCCCCAGCGAUUGUUGGUGCCCGACAUACAAGAGAUCCGGGUCAGCCCCAUCGUCUCCAAGAAGGGCUACCUACACUUUCUGGAACCUAAGACGACAGGUUGGGCCAAGCGCUUUGUGGUGGUGAGGCGUCCCUAUGCUUAUAUGUACAACAGUGACAAGGACUCUGUGGAGAGGUUCAUUCUCAACCUUUCCACUGCCCAGGUGGAAUACAGCGAGGACCAGCAGGCGAUGCUCAAGACUCCCAACACGUUUGCCGUCUGCACGGAGCAUCGAGGCAUCCUUUUGCAGGCCAACAGUGACAAGGACAUGCAUGACUGGCUGUAUGCAUUCAACCCUCUCUUGGCUGGAACCAUAAGAUCCAAACUUUCUCGAAGGAGAACAGCCCAGAUGAGGAUCUAAUAUGACCAUCUUCCACUAACUCAUCUCUUUGCCAACUGCAUCGGGUCCAGUAGGAGGGUCCUUCCCAACCUCCCGCACUCCCCACCCCCAUGUCCCUAACCUUGGAUCUGUCCCGUCAUUGACACUCCUGACCACCUGCUCUUCCGCCAGCCCGCCAACAGUUUUCACCUUCGUUUUUCGUGGUAGCCGCUAAACUGCCACGGCCUGGCCUGACCAUUGUCUUGCACACACAAUCUUCCACUCCUUCCUUCGUCAGGUGACCCACUGUCCCCACAACCUAUACUGCUCAUUAGCAGAAGCUAUCAUUGUUUUACUCCUAGGUUGAGCAAGCUCUUGGUAGAGAGGGUUGGAGAGUGUUCAAAAGGUCAAAGGUCACAAGUCAGGCUCUUCAGCUGCCAAUCAGAGUUUCUUUUAAAGGAUGGAUGGAUCCAUUACGGAAAUACCAUGAAUUGGCGAGGUUUUAGGAUUUGGCUCUGCCACUCCUUGUAAGCCCUGUCUGUAUUUAUGAAACAUUUGUUUCUAAUGCCUUCCCCUUGGGCCAUUGAUUUGAGUUGGUUCUAGUUUUCCUUGUUUGGUCUACGGUGCUCCAGAAAAC